ACAUUGACAAACUAUUAUAACUGACUUGCCUAAAUUUAACUUUAACUUCGGGUUUUCUUACUAGAACUGAUCAUAAGUUCGAUUUCAUAGUUAAUUUCAGUGCAGCUGAACACUUGAGAAUUAGUCUUAGUCGAAGCUAAAAAUUAACAGAAAAAAAAUGGGAGAGAAGAGAGGUAGCAUCGCGUUCUUCACAACCUAUCGCCCACCCGUGGCUCUGGACAUCUACUCCUGUCCAUUGCGGCCCAAGUCACCAAGCGAGGAACUUAAAAUGACAGAUGGAAAAUCCUACAACUACGACGGCCAUUACAUUCCACCCGCAGCUCUGAAAUUUAUUAUCAACCGUCCUGAAUUGAUUCCCGAAGGAAUCAAGGAUGCUGAUGUUGAGAGCGGCAAUGUUUCAGGAAUGGUUUUCGUGUCUGAACGAGACGACCUGGAAACACUGCAAAUUGCUAUUCAGACAAAAUCGUCAUCUCAUACUGAUACAGUCUCUACCAAAGUUUUCAGUGUCGAGGAUGUUUAUCCUCGAUCUGAUGGUGUGCGCAUGGAGGAUAGCCCUUGCAUUGCCGGAGUUAAACAAGAUACUCUUGUCUAUAUCUCCACGAAGGAACCAGCUCCCAGACGCCGUCAGCCCUGGACUGCUGUUUACAAAACUAAUCUCAAGACCGGGAAAACCGACCGCCUCACUCCAUCAUUGCAAGCUGAUCUAAGCCCGUCAGUGUCGCCGUCUGGAAAGAGGAUAGCAGUGGCAUCGUAUCAGAGGAAGGCCGGUUGGGCUGGAGAAAUCCAAGAUUUGCAAACCUCAAUUUUUGUGAUGAAUGUAGAGAAGCCAUUCAACCGCAGAUUGGUUGUGGAGAAUGGCGGCUGGCCGACUUGGGGAAGUGAAGGUGUCUUAUUUUUCCACCGCAAGGUUGAUAAAUUUUGGGCAGUUUUCCGUGUUGAAUUCACUGACACUUUCGUUUCAGAACCCACUCGUAUAACCCCAGAUAAAUCAAAUGCCGUGACCCCUGUAGCCAUUGAUGCCACCACUGUGGCAGUGGCCACUAUUCGUAAAUUAGCAGAUUUUGGUAUCGGCCGCAAGAAAGAACACUAUCGUCACAUUGUAGUGUUUGAUUCAGUUAUUAAGAAACCGAUCAUGAAUGUCACUCAAGUAACAAAACCUCUGGCUGACCAUUUCAACCCCUUUGUGAUAAUGGAUGUUGGGACCAACACGAAGCGCAUUGGAUAUCAUCGUGUCAACACUGACCUUAUUAAGGUUGGAGAAAAUAUAGAAAGACAGUUCUGUAAGAUCAAGUCUCCGGUUCCAGAUAUAGGACUGUUUAGGUUGUCUGGAGCAUUUCCAACGUUUUCUAGUGAUGGCAAGAAGGUUGCAUUUGUUGACAAUGAGUUCAAGUCUGUCUGGAUAGCUGAUAGCACAGGCUUGAAGAUGGUUUUCGAGACGGAAGGCCCCAACAGGAUCUUCUCCCCCGUAUGGAACCAAAAUCCAGGUAAGGAUAUCCUGUACGUGUGUAUGGGGCCGUCUUUUGCAGCUGACAAACCAGUGGAUAUAGCUCUAAUCCCAAAUGCUUCGGAAGGAAGACAACAUGUUCAACAGCUCACAGAUGGUUUCAAUAAUGCCUUCCCUUCUACUAAUCCUGAGGGUACAAAAUUAGUUUUUCGAUCUACAAGAGAUCACCCCGAGGACCCUGAAGCUAAGGUCAAGGACGGAUUCAAGAAUUUAUACAUAAUGGAGGAUGCAGAAGAAGGUGAUUUUGGCGAAGGCAGGAUAACAAGGCUCACCGAAGGAGAUUGGGUCGACACACACUGCCAAUGGUCUCCGAGUGGAGAGUGGAUCCUAUUUUCCUCCAGUCGUGACAAGCCCACGGGUGCACCCCGAAAGGACAAUGAUCUUGAUGCAGGAUUUUUUGCACUAUACCUUGUGAGCCCAAAGCAUCCGGACGUGAUUGUAAGAGUUUUCGGAAGUGGAGAUGAUCUCUCGGGGCAUGUAAACCAUCCAUUCUUCAGUCCAGAUGGAAGGACUAUAGUUGUUACAGCAGACCUUGCUGGUGUAUCUGUUGAUCCCAUCUCUUUGCCUCUGGUGGAGCAGUCAGGCAGGGCUUAUGGAGAUAUUUUUAGCGUGGAAAUCGACAAGGACGACAUUAAAAAGAACGAGAAUGUGAAGGAAUUUAAACGAAUCACCCAUAGUAGAUAUGAAAAUGCUCUUGCUUCUUGGACCAUGUUUUCAUCAGACGACCCAAAUUCAGCAUGGAAUCUACAGUUUAAGGGAGAAUACGCUCCAUCAUGCCCUUACGCACCUCCUAACGGAGCUGAAAGUUGGCAUAUGAGUGGCCAUAUCUGCAUCGCACAACGCAAAUGUUAAUUAGAUUCGUAACUUUCUCAGUUGGGUUUUAACGUAUGAGCGCAGUUGAAGCAAUGAUGAAGGAGAAAUAGAGCAGUUCCAGACCAUUGUUUGGUCGUUUUAAAUUGGAGAGUAAAUGUUUUACUCUUGGAAGUAACACUAAAAUUAGAGCUUAGUGAAGAAAUCGAAAUCAAAGUAAUUGUAACGUACCAAUACUAGCUGAACAAUUUGAACCAGAAUCAACAAACUGUAAUAGAGAAAUCGAAGAAUUCAACUACA